UUGAUUUUUUUUUUAUUUUCUUUUUAAUCGGUGGACAAACUUCAGAGUCAACGCCAACUGACAAAUACAAAAGCCGCCCUUGACUGUUCUCUUUCUCAACCGGUGAUAAUUCCAGUCUUUUGAGAUUACAAACAAUCGCUGCAUUGAAUUAUUACAAGAUUUCAUGAUUUCUUUAUUAAGUUAAUCAAACAUAUCAAUGACAUCGGCACCGUCGUGUUCUAACUCUGCUCAAGCCUCGUCUUCUCGGUCAUGGAAAUACGAUGUAUUUAUAAGUUUUAGAGGAGAUGAUACCCGCAAGACCUUUGUAGAUCAUCUCUACUCUGCUCUUGUACAGAGACUAAUUCGUGUUUACAAGGAUGAUGAAGCACUUCCCCGUGGUGAUUCCAUUGGUCCGUCUUUGUUGAAGUCUAUCGAAGAAUCACAUAUUGCUGUCAUCGUAUUCUCCGAAAAUUAUGCAGAUUCUUUGUGGUGUUUAGACGAACUUGCACAUAUUAUGAAAUGCAGAGAUGACAGAGGGUUAACUGUUAUACCCAUAUUUUAUGACGUGGAUCCCUCGGAUGUGAGACAUCAGAAAAGAAAGUUUGGAGAAGCGUUUGCCAAACAUGAGGCAGAGAACUUCAAGAAAGCUGAUUUAUGGAGAAAAGCACUAAUUGAAGCAAGUAACAUUGCUGGAUGGGAACCCAAGCACAUUGCCAACGGACACGAAUCAAAAGUCAUUAAAGAAAUUGUUGAUAAAAUUCAAGAUUAUUUGCUUUCCUUAGAUUCAGAUGUUGAUGAAGAGUUUGUUGGAAUGAGGGUUCGCUCACAAGAUUUGAUAUCACUGUUAGAAAUUGAGUCGGGUGGGGUGCGCAUGGUUGGGAUAUGGGGGAUUGGAGGCAGUGGUAAGACUACUCUUGCAUAUUCUGUUUAUACCAAAGUCUCUCACCAUUUUCAAGGACAAUGCUUUAUUGCCAAUAUUCGUGAGCAAAGCAAACAUGGUUUAGAAACCUUGCAACAAAAAUUUCUAUCGAGUGUUAUGAAAACACAAGCAGAAGUGCAGAGUGUUGAAGAAGGAAAAUUUAUAAUAAAGAGUAGGUUAUGUAACAGUAAGGUAUUAGUACUUCUUGAUGAUGUUGAUGAUCUUGACCAGCUACAAGCAUUAGCUGGAUCACAUAAAUGGUUUGGUGCUGGGAGCCGAAUAAUAAUUACAACGAGAGAUGAACAUGUGUUAAGAGCUCACAGGGUAGACCAUAUCUCCCCUGUUAAGUUAUUAUCACAUAAAGAGGCUGUCCUGCUAUUUUAUAAGCAUGCACAUAAUGAAAAAGAACCUUUAACAGAUUAUGAGACACUUUCAUCCCGUGUGGUUUCUUAUGCUGCUGGUCUACCAUUAGCACUUAAAGUUUUAGGUUCGUUUUUGUUUGAUAAAGACGAGAAUGAGUGGAUAAGUGCCCUUGCCAAGUUAAAAGAUUUCCCAAAUAUCAAGAUUAUGGACAUACUCAGAAUUAGCUAUGACGGACUUGAACCUCUCCAGAAAGAGUUAUUCUUGGAUAUUGCAUGUUUUUUCAGGGGGAAAAGCACAGAUAUCUUAGAUCCGCCGAUGGAGAUACUCGACGCUUGUGGACUUCACCCUGUUAUAGGGAUAAAGGUGUUGCACCAACGAGCUCUCAUUUCUAUUGUGGGUGGUAUGUUUGAUAUGCAUGAUCUAGUUCAAGAAAUGGGACACAACAUUGUAACAGGGGAGCAUCCUAACAAUCCUGAAAAACAUAGCAGAGUCUGGAAAAAAGAGGAAAUCAAUAACAUGCAUCUUGGGGAAGCAACAAAGGAAAAUCACAAGAUUGAAGCUGUAGAUUAUAGUGGUCACUUAUCAUGCUUUGGAGAGAUUAUAUCUAACAUGAAGAAACUAAGGUGGUUUUCUUACAAUGACGAUACCUAUAAGAUGAUGAUUGAACAUGAGAUGAUGAUUAAACCGCCGUCUGGACGAUUGUGUUUUAAUUUACAUGACGAUGAAGAUGUAAAGUAUGCUGAAAUGCCUAAUAUUUUGUCAAAUGAGUUGAGGUAUAUUUCAUGGGGAUGGUAUCCAGAAAGUCCAUUUCCAGACAGUUUUCCCCCAUUGAAGCUGUGUGUGCUAAAAAUAAAGGAAAGCUUGCAGAAAGAACUUUGGAAUGGUUACAAGCAUCUACCACAUUUGAAAGUGCUUAAACUCCAUGGUAUGCGAGGCCUACUCAACACACCUGAUUUUGACGGACUUCCGUGUCUUCAAAAGCUGGAUAUUUUUGCAUGUUAUCAGUUGGAAGAAAUUCACCCGUCACUUGGAACUCAUAGAAAUCUUGAAUACGUAAGUGUAGGAUCGUGUCUUAAGCUUAGAAUCUUCCCAGCGAUUGUCCGGUUGGAGAAACUCAACACCCUUAAGAUAGCACGUUGCAAUCGUUUAGUUGAAGUUCCAGUGAUCCAAGCUAACAUGGAAAGGUUGGUAGAGUUAAAUUUGAGUAAGGGAAUCAUUAAGUUUCCGGACCCAUCAAUUUGGGAACGUUGUACGCAAGUUGAGACAGUGUUCAAUCAGUUGACACGUUUUGUAGAAAAGUUGAACUUCAGGUGCUUACGAAAGUUGAGUCUCUGUAAUUGGGGUUUGAAAGACGGAGAAAUUCCCUCUAAUGUUGGUGAGUUAUCCAACUUAGAAGAGCUCGACCUUAAUGGGAAUGAUUUUUCACGAUUAGGUUUCAGCCUCUCCUAUUUAGCUCGACUCAGAUUCCUCUGCCUGUCAGGCUGCAGAAGGCUUGUAGAAUUGCCCGAGCUCCCAUCAAGUUUAGCUAUUCUGGAAGCAGACUAUUGUGACUCCCUUAUAUCCAUUGGAAGUAGUCACAGAAAUUGUAAAGGCUUUUAUAAAGUGUCAUUAGUGGGAGGGGGUGUUUUAAUUGAUGGCAGCAGUUUACUAGAUUCCGUGCUCCAGGGAAGUGAUAUUGAAAAUCACUGUAUGAUCCUCCGACUCGAAGGCCUUGAAAUUCCAAAGAGGUUUUUACCUUGUCUUGUUAGUGGGAACACGCGUAAAUUCCAACUUCCGGGAAACUGGUGUAAUGACUUUUCUGGAUUCUUAAUAUGUGUUGCUUGUACAAGGGAUUUAGAUCCAUAUAAAGAGAUCGUGAUAAGAAUGGAGCAGGCGAUGAGUGGUGGGUUGGGUAUGGAUUCUCGAUAUGAGCAUGAGGCUUGGAAGGAGAGUGCUGAUGAUAAAAGAACAUGGGUGGCAUUUGUUUCUUUUGAUAUAUUGAAACAUACUUUAUGGUGGGAUGAUACAUACAAUGCUCUUUCGUUUUCGGUUGUGGAAUCCAGUGGCAUAUGUAGGGGGUUUGGAUUUGGGUUCGUUCCCAAAAAAGUUGGAAUUGCUUCAGCGGAAACAUCAACAUGGUCUCCUGCCUUUUCUAAUUAUUCACCUCACUUUACGAUUGAACAUGACUCGGCUUCUUCUUUAAAGAUUUCCUUUAAUGGCUUAGUAAGGUAUCCAAUUAUAGUCGAAUUCUAUCUAGAGUAGGAUCCAAGAAGACGGUAGCUUAAAGAGAAGGGAAAGAAGGUUAUUUUAAACUUUUUUUUUACCUUUUUUUUUCUUUCUAAAAAUAUUUUUAAUUUUUUUUAAAUGA